AUGCCCUCAAUACCACUAUCCGAUCCAUCUAGUUCUCAGACCAGCACCACCACAUGCCGCUUAUGCCCUGAUGAUUUUUCUGAGUCUAUGCAGGUUCCAGUCGAGUCCCCUUCUGCUGUCUUGGUGCCUUCAGCUCAGCACCCUUCCCCUAUGCAGCCUUCUGCGCCCACACCUGGAUCUGAACCUUCUGCUCCGACCCAUGAUGAUUCUUCGGCCCAUCUUCGGUCCCUUCCUUCUCAUUCUAUGAUCACCAGAGCCAAAGCAGUUUGUGCUGACAAGAUUCAAGUAUGGACCUGCACGAUACUGGGCAAUUUUGUUCAUCUUCUGGUUUCUCGUGUUUGGGAUAUGGGCGUCUAG